UCCGGCUCCGGCCAGGGCCGGCUCCGCCUCGCCCCCGUCACCAGCCGUCGUAAUAGCCCGCUCCUCCGCUGCUCCGCGUCCGGCGGUGACGGCGGCAGCGGGGCCGACAAGGUUGUUGAGGAGCAUAGGAAGCGCCGAGCCGAGCUCACCGCCCGCAUUUCCUGCGACGAGUUCACCGCCCUUGUUCCGUUCAGAUGGCUCGCGCCCGUCGCGGCGAGGCUGGUCAAGCUAGGCCCGCCCAGGGAGCUCGCGGCCGGGCUGCUCACCAAGGUAGCGGGCGGCGCGCGCAGGGGCCCGGAGCUGCCGCAGGCGGUCGGGUCGCUGGCUUCCGUCGCCGGGGAGGCCUUCUUCCUGCCACUCUACGACCUCUUCCUCACAUACGGCGGCGUCUUCCGCCUCAACUUCGGGCCCAAGUCUUUCCUCAUCGUCUUGAUCCGGAUGUAGCUAACCAUAUCCCGAGGGACAACUCCAAGGCUUAUCCCAAGGGUAUCCUUGCCGAAAUACUGGAGUUUGUGAUGGGCACAGGUCUGAUCCUGGCUGAUGGCGUGGUCUGGCGUGUUCGACGGCGUGCCAUUGUACCAGCAUUGCAUCAGAAGUUUUCAUAUGGGAAGGAGUCUUGUGCGGCACGAGCGAUGAAUCCAAUACAUUUUGAGGUAAACAUUCUGCGUAAAUUCUAAAUGAGGCUCAACCGCUGUUUCUCUUUUGCUUUCCGUUAAAAGAUUUAUUUGCUGUUCAUGGAAUGGCAAGAAAAUACUAUGUUAUUUUUCAGACUUGUCUUUCUUUUCUUUAUUUAGGUGCUACCGAAUUUCUGAUGAAACAGUUUUACAGAUGCCUCAUGAAUCUUACCAGAAGUGAACCAUUUGCGAAUUGUUGCUAGCCGCUAUAUCUGAAAAUGAUAACAACUGUCAACUUCAGUCUUA